AUGCUACAUCCUCGCGCCGACACCGACAGGCUUUACGUUUCCAGGAAAGAGGGAGGCAGGGGACUACAGCAAGUGGAGGCAGCCUACAAGUCAGCAAUACUCAGUAUAAGCGACUACUGUGAAAACAGCCCAGACAGAAUGAUAAUGAUUGCCCGAAACUACGAUCUCUCUCUGCCAGUAACUAAGUCCCUUAUACAAACUGCAACAAAAUUCAGUCGCCAGUUAUCUAUACGGGAAUCCUUAGGGCCAGACUUGCAGAAAAGAAAGUUAGAAGAGUUUUAUUUGAAGAACGAAACAAAUGUCACAGGAAGUGACAGUUGCAGUGGAGACUGUGACUUAAAUCUUGCAAAAUCCGUGAACGAGGCACACAAUCACACACUUGAGAGUGUCAACCACCAAACACAAGAGACUAAUAAUCAUAGUAUAAUAUCUGAACAAGUAGUACUAUCUGAAAAACCGGUAGAAUCUAAACAACCGAUAGUACCUGAAUAACCUGUUGUACAAUAAUCAGAACCUAUGGCAAGUCCUCCACCAGCAUCUUGUUCGUCAUCCACUGAAUAUCAUGAUUUGCUACCUCCACAGCCACCACCAAUUUAAUUGAUUAAUAAUUUACAUUACCACACCUUACCUAUAUGAUUAAAGUGUUCUUAAAAAUACAAUA